CGCUCCUUCCCCUUCCGGGCGUCCGUUUGGUGGCGGGAAAAGGGACCCCUUCCGAGCGUGUCUGCAGGUCCCACGCGGGAGGUGUUGGCGCGAGCCAGGAUGGAGCCGCAGCCCGAGGAGCCGGGCGCCGCCGAGCGCGCGGGCCCCGCGGAGGACCCCGUAGCGCUGCUGCUCAGGCUGAGGGCACAGACAAAACAACAACUCUUGGAAUAUAAAUCAAUGGUUGAUGCAAAUGAAGAAAAAACUCCAGAAGAAAUCAUUCCAGAAAAGCAAAUUGAAACUAAAAUUGAAGACCUGGAAAAUGAAAUCGAAAAGGUGAAAAUUGCUUUUGAAAUGAAAAAGCUUGCAUUGGACAGGAUGCAGCUUUCAACGGCACUUAGAAAAAACCUGGAGGAAAGUAACAUUCAGACUAGUGAGCUCAUGGACAACAUGAACCACAUAUUAAAGCUAAAUAAAAUAAUAAUGAAAUUACAGCAGGAAUCUUGGGAUUUGGAGGAAAAACUGCUUGAUGUUAAAAAAAAGAGAUUUGAAUUAAAACGAGCUUCAGAAAGUAAAUUUUUAGAAAUACAGACUGAAAAGAACAAACAGAAUGAUGAUUUGGCCAGUAUGGAAAAUUCAGACAAGAUAAAGACCUUACAACAAAAGCUACAGAAGGAGAUACAAAUUACUACAGUUAUUCAACAUGUCUUCCAGAACCUCAUUUUGGGGAGUAAAGUCAAUUGGGCAGAAGAUUCUGCCUUUAAGGAAACUGUUCUGCAGCUUGAGAAGAAUCUCACCAUGAUCUAAUAAGAAUUCUGUUUUGGCAUUACUUGUUUCUGUCUUUGAUGUGUCAUUUAAAUAGUAAAUUUAAGGUGAAAUGUG